UUACUUUGUCGAAUCCAAUUCUCUCUCUCUCUCUCUCUCUCUUUUUCUUUUCUUGAUUAUUUUUGGUGUCUCAAUUAAACUUUGUUUUGGUCUGAAUUGAAAAGGGUAGUGAAUAGUGAUGUUCCUCUCGAGAUCAAUUCUCUUUGUGUUUGUGUUCUCAGCUUGUUUGCUUCUCAUUCCAGCCAAUGGAAUUCGAUCAUUUGCCAGAACAAAUGGUUAUGAAACUGAGGUUGAAGAAGUUGAUCCUUUUGCGCAAUUCAGAGAGGCCCCAGAAUACAGAAACCAGCGAAAGUGCACUCUAAUUGACACAACCAAUGCGCAAUUAGUAUGUGAUCCUUCACUUGUUCAUGUUGCCAUGACCAUUGAUUGGCACUACUUAAGAGGGUCUAUUGCUGCAGUGCAUUCUGUCGUGAAACACACUUCCUGCCCGCUGAAUCUGUUCUUUCAUUUCAUUGCAUCGGAUGCAAGAUUGGAUAGCAAGGAUGUGUUUGAAAGGAUUGUUCACACCUCCUUCCCUUCAUUGAGAUUCAAAGUUUAUGUGUUUAGGGAAAGUCUUGUUGACAAUCUCAUAUCUCCUUCAAUUAGGGAGGCACUUGACAACCCUCUUAACUAUGCAAGAAGUUACCUUCCUGAUUUGCUUGAUCAAUGCAUUGAAAGGGUCAUAUACUUGGACUCUGAUGUUAUAGUUGUUGAUGAUGUUCAAGAGCUUUGGAAGGUUUCAUUGACAGGGUCAAGAGUCAUUGGUGCUCCUGAAUACUGUCAUGCAAACUUCACCAGAUAUUUCUCCUAUGAGUUUUGGUCAAGUGCUGAGUUUUCUGAGGUCUUCCAAGGGAAAAGGCCUUGUUAUUUCAACACUGGGGUGAUGGUGAUGGACUUGGUGAGAUGGAGAGCGGGUGACUACACAAGGAAGAUUGAGAAGUGGAUGGAGAUUCAAAAGGAGAGAAGGAUCUACAAGUUGGGGUCACUCCCUCCCUUUUUGCUGGCUUUCGGUGGUAAUGUUGAGGCCAUUGAACAUAGAUGGAACCAACAUGGUCUUGGAGGGGAUAAUGUAAGAAAUAGUUGUAGGACUCUGCAUCCUGGUCCAGUUAGUUUGCUACAUUGGAGUGGUAAAGGGAAACCAUGGACUAGGCUUGAUGCCAAGAUGCCUUGCUCAGUGGAUUUUCUUUGGGCACCUUAUGAUCUCUACAUACCCCAUCACCAUACAUACCAUCAUUACCACCACCAUCAAAGAAUUGCUAUUGGCUCAACACAUUCAUCAUUUUAGGACAUAAUUUUAUAUUGGUUGAUUCUGAUUCAUUUGUUCUGAAUAUUAUUUUUUUGUAUAGACAGAACAAUUAAAAGAUUUUGUAAUGUUUGUUGAUACAUCUUCAAUAGUAUUGUAACAGAGAAUGUCAUGCGAAACAUGUUGAUGCACAAUUGGAUAAAGUAUGAGUUUAAUUUUCAUGUUUAAAGAUA